AUGAUGUUGGGGCGAUGCGUGCCGUACCUGCUGCUCUGUGCCCUUCUCUGCGCCUCGUUGUGUGCGGCGGCUGAGUCUGCUGCUGCUGGUACUGAGAGGGCGGCGGCGCAGACGAAGGUGGACGCGUGCACUGACGCUGCGUCAAAACUCGGGAAUGCGUUAGAAAGUGCUGCUCAGGCUUCUGCCAAAGCUGGGGAAGCAGCGAAUAGGGCCGCGACUUUGCUUGAGAAGGCUGGUAAAGCAAAGGAGCACGCUAAGGCUGCAGAGAGUAUGGCAAACGAGGCAGUGAAAAGUAUUGACAGUGAACAGGGCGUGCUGAAGAAGAUACCGGAAUUGGAGGCUCUUACCACAAAGGAAAAGUUAUUGGCCGAGAAAAAUCUCCCGACUCUUGCGAAGAGUGUUCAAACUGCGGCGGAUAAGGCCAACAUGGCUGCGGAUAAUGCUACGAGUGCUGAAGUGCUACUCAGGGAGGCCGAGGAAAAUGCGAAGGAAGCACUGGCAAAGGCAGAGGAAGCACAGAAACUGUCGGCGGCCGCAGUGCAGAGCGCCAAGGGCGUAGCGAAGGAAGUAAAAGCGACAAAUGUAAUGAAUGGCGAAGACGUGCAGAAACUCUCAGCGGUUGCUGGGAAGGCUAAGGAGGCUGACAAGAAAACAGCGGAUGGCGCUUCGAGUGAUUCUUCAGCAGUGAAGAAGAUUCGACAGGCACUGGCCGAGAUCACGGCCGCGAAGACAAACGCGGAUUUGGCGGCAAAGAGUGCCAAAGGAACCAAAGCCGAAGUUACGGAGGUGGAAAACUUAAAGUCGUCUGAGGUUCACAAGAACGACGCAGAUAUAACCAAUGACGUAAAGAAACUUGUAGCAAAAAUGACAGCAAGCGCUACAGAAGCAAAGACGAAAGCUGACUUGACAGCAACGAGAGCACAAAAAGCCGCGCAGAUUAUUGAUGGUGCACUCGAAGAUACCAAACAGGUGUCUGCCCUUGCAGAAAGAGCAUUGGGCGCCGCUAAAGAAGCAAAGGAUUUGAUUGAGGAAGCCAAAGAAGUUAUUGAUGCAUCGCUCCAAAAAGCAAGGGAAGAGUUGAAGGUAUUGACUGAUAAAGCGAAAGAGACUCCAACGGGGGUCUCGAGUUCGCAUCACGCAUCUGGGCCACACUCUGUGAAUGAAAAGAAGAUGCCUUCAUCUGUUGUGCCGCCCACCAGGGCCACUGCGGCUCCUCCCCACACACAGAGCGGUGCGGAUAAAAAUCAGGAGACCACCGAUGAGUCGCUCACUGUUGACAAAAGCGAUGGGCCCGCAGGUAAAUAUGACAUUGGAAUGACGGACGGCAGCACCAAUCCUGCGUGGGUGCGUGCGCCGCUGAUGCUGCUGCUGCUGUUUGUCUGUGUGGCUGUGUGGUAA